AAAAAAUCAAUAAAUAAAUAAAAGCCACUGAGUCAGCCAGCCAGUCAAGCUCUAAAGGUGAAAGACGAGUCCUAAGAGAAAACAUGCGAUUCUCACUCCUACCUUCUCUCAAGUCAUGCAAAAAGAAGACCACUCCAUCUAAUCCUCUACUCUCAUCUCCACUCUAACUCACAUACACUUCACUAAUCUCAACCCUCCAUUCCCAUCAACCAUCCACCUCUCCUAUCCGUACGAUCAUUUCAAACUCUUGAUAUAUAAAAACAUUCCUGAUCACUGCACUUCAAUUAUACCAAGAGAGAAAACAAUACCAAUGAAAGGAGCUGUAAUGGCGGCGAGUGGAGGAGGAAGGAGCGAGACUGAGAAAGAGAAGACUAAGAUGAGAGAAAGACACAGAAGAGCUAUAACCGGUAAGAUCUUCCAUGGUUUGAGAAAGCACGGUGGUUAUCCACUCUCUCCACGCGCCGAUAUUAACGAGGUUCUCCGUCAGCUCGCCAGGGAAGCCGGUUGGAUCGUCGAGCCAGACGGAACUACUUACCGCGCCGCUAAUCUAGUCGGAAUCAAUGGCUGUCCGGUAUGCGGAGCGGCGAAAACGAGCGGAACGCCGACGCCGACCAGCAGCGUCGUCAUUGUCGGCGGAGCCGGUGGAGAAUGUUCGGCGACGGAUUCUCGAAGCGGCGGUUUCCACGUCGGAGAUUCAUCAUCCGGAGCGCUUUGUAAUUUCUCCUCCGGCGGCAACGACAAUAUUCCGAUGGCGCUUUAUGAGAUGUACGGUGGAUUCUCCGGUGGUGGUGGCGUUUUCGAAGGCGGAGAUACGGCGGUGUUUCAGGAGGAGCAACAUGAACAGAGGUUGAGGCUGAGCCAGUCUCACCCAUUGUUGGAGUCUCGAGCUUCAAACCAGAACACUCCUGUAGCUUCGCCUCUACAUCGACCUUAGCUUUGAUUAGAUUUAGGACUAUUUAUUAUAUAUAUAUAAAUAAUUAUAUAGCUAACAAAAUCAAGAAAAGAAGAGUAGUAAAAUUGGAAGAAAAAUAUAUAGUAAAAGCUUUGGGUUGGUAAUGUGUCAAAUUUUAUUUAUGUUUUCAUAUCAACACUUUAUGAAAUGAAAAGUUAUGUACACAUUUCGUAAAUGAACAUGGCUGUUAGACACUUAAGCACCUUUUUAACAUAUCGAUUCGCUAGCAAUACUCGAUAUUGAUACAUAGGAGCUGAUAAGCAACCCCUUUUAACAUUUUUUUUUGUAAAUUCAACCAAAUCAGGAUUAUUGGCACUUUUGAAGAAAAAAAAAUCAUAAUGUACAUCUUUGUGGAACUAGCAGUUCCUAGCCACCUGGCGGCUCUGGAUU